CGAUCAAAGUGCAUUCAUUCACAUGCUGCUCUGUCCUUCAGGUGUGUAUAUAAAGAGCAGAGCAGCCUCCUCCUCAUCAUUGCAGCAUCAGCUGAUACCUCAACAGCUCUCGCCUCGCAUCUACUUGACAGACGUUAAGCUACUUCAUCACCCUUCAUCCUCCUCAUCGUCUUCAUCAUGAAGAGACUCCUGCUCGUCUCCGUUUUGCUCUGUGGUGUUCUCGCUCUCACAGCGGCAGAAGAUGUCGCCGUUAAAGCUGUGCCCAGGGAGUUGCAGGGAGACACCCAGGUGGCAGAACCUGAAGUUGAAGCAUUGGUUCCUGAAGAGGAAAACCCUGAGGUGUUUUCUGGUGGAGAGAUGGCUUCAUCACCUGAAGAUCGUUUUUUCACUUGUCCCUCUGGUUGGACCAGAUACAAGAAUAGCUGCUAUUUGUAUGUGAGGUCUGGCAGGUCCUGGGCCAGUGCUGCGACCUACUGUUCUAGUCUGGGAGCGUCCCUGGCCUCUGUUCGUGAUGUGUUUGAUUACAGCUUCCUGCAGGACCUGACCAGGGCAUCAGGAAGCUCUGUCGCCUGGCUUGGUGGAUUCUACUUCCAUGGCUGGCGGUGGGUGGACCAGAACUCCUUCGGGUACACCUAUUGGAGUUCACAGAAUGCUGUCAACGUCUACCAGUGCCUCCACCUCAAUACCCAGGCGGGUUGGUCCAAUAACAACUGCAAUAAUGCAUGGACAUUCAUCUGCAUGAGGAGAACUGAUACCUGCUAAACGUGACAGCCGGUCACAGCUGUGUGCGCUCAUCUGAGUCAAAAACUUUAGGAUGUGAUGGAAGACAUUUGAUAGCAAACAAAACCUUGCUUUUGAUUUUAGGAAAAAGAAUCUGAGUGUCCUAUCACAGGAAUUUGCUGGUUUUGUUUUGUGUGCUUCAGCAGGGACAGACUUGUUUAUGGCUUCAUGCUGUACAUGUACAUUUUGCUACUACAAAAUCAGAUUUGUAAAGUCAGUGGUGAUCUAUUUUUGUUUUGUUUUGUUUUUUUACUCUGGAAAAAAAGAUAAAAUGUGUAUAAGAAAUUAUAACUAAUGAAAUAAAUAAUGUAUAUUUAA